AAAAUUAUUAUUCUUUGUGGAGUUAAUAAAAGGGAGAUCAAGCUUCAUUUCAUGAAUUUUAAAUCGAGCAACAUGACUGUGAACACGAAAUUCGUUUUGGUUUGCUUGAUAGCAAAUGCAAUUUUUUGCAGUGGACUACCACAAAAUUAUUGUCAACACGAAAUUGAUCACGAUGAAAUGAUAGAUUGUGAUGAAGCAGGAGAUAAUCCUUGGUCUUACGGUCAAAUGAGAGGUGUUCAAAACUAUGAUCACCCAAUGAUGAAAAGUUUCAACGAUGAAGGAUAUUUCGAAAUUCCAAGAAAGUUUCGCCCACAAAACUACAUGUCAGAAGUAAGAAAUUUGGCACAAAAUUAUGAACCUCCAAGAGAUUAUCUAAAGGGAAUGAGCUAUCAACCAAAUCCAAUGUCACCAAUGCAUUUAGCUGCGAACCCUAUGAGAUUUUCAAAAUCUGCCCAAAUGCAGCCAUUUGCAUAUCCAGGUCAUUAUUAUGAUUCACUGGCAGCGUACGAUGAGCCUUCGUAUUAUCAUCCAAUGUUAAAUUAUUACGGUGGAUAUAGUCCCGACGAAUUGGAGGAUGAAUAUAAUGACGAUUGUUCAACGGGAAAAUGUCCUCAAAUGCCAUCAGUAGAAGAUAAUAAAGAAUCAAGUGGGAAAAAAUCGAAAAAAAAUCACGACAAACGUCAUAAUUCACGUGCCGAAAAAAUGUCAUCUAUCAAAGCAAUUGCAAACGAGGGCAGUAUGAUACAUGCCGAUGAAAUUGAAGAAGAAACUAUCGACAAAGACUCAUGGGGUAUUGAUCGACGUGAGAAACAAAAAAAUAAAGAAAUGAAAUUAUCUGAAGAUAAUCUUAAGGGUAAACGUUCCAUUGAAAAGGGAAAUAUGAAAAAUUUCAAUGAUAAACAAGACGAUUUGGAGAGAACUAAGAAACAUGUGAAACAAGUCGACACAACAAACACAGAAAAAAUUAUUCCAGCAAUGAAACCAUUUAUUCAUCAAAUAAUGCACAUACCGAAAAAUUUAUAAAUCCUUUCAUCCUCUCAUUACAAAUUCUUCGAUUCGAUAAAUUGAAUUAAAUUAUUUAAAUUGAUUGAAAAUUAAAAUAAAUU